CGCUGACUGGUCUCGGCUGCGUCGCUGAAAGAGACGCGAAGGCGUGCUGAACAAUUCACUGAAUAGCAAUGACUACGAGUGUAUUCAAACUGGAAAGAAAGGACUCAAAAGACAGAGGGAUACGAGGCGACAAGGCUGUCCCUGCAAGAACAUUAACAUCGGCUUGACAACGCUCCCAGUUCACCGGGAUAUUUUGUAUCAGACUGUGCUCCUGCAGAAUUAAACAUACUUUUAACUGAUUACAUGGACUUGCGGUAGCAAUAAAUUUCACCUGGUUCAGCGAUUGAUUACCUUCAAGGAAGUAACCGUGGCGAGAAAAACGGUUAGGUUACCACAAACUUAUUGCAAAUUUGAGACAACACGUGUAAUGUUUGAAAUAUCUGGGAAAAUAAGCGGUAGGGCGAAGAUACGGAUUUUUGCCUCGUUUAUUUUGUCGUACUACUUGGAGUACCUGCGGUAAGAUGCCUGCGCAGCAGACCUGGUAUUGAUUUAUGAUCCAGAUCAAUGAAUCGGGAGGUGUAGUUCCCUGCGAUGAAGCAUUCCCACCUCUCAGUUCCGAAAACCAUGAGCUGCGCUCCCAACGUGGUUAACGAGUGGCUGAAGACCCUCCAGCUCGGCCAGUACUCCGAGUCCUUUUUCGACAACGGCUAUGACGAUCUCGAAGUGUGUAAGCAGAUCGGCGACCCCGACCUGGAUGCCAUCGGGGUCUUCAUCCCCACUCACAGGCAAAGGAUCCGAGAAGCGGUGGGGAGACUUAAGGAGGAAGACAAAGAUGCGGCCGCCGGGCUUUACUUCACUCUCGAGCCCCUGGCCACCACGGAGGACAUCUACACCACGCGCAUUGAAAAGCACUAUGAGACCAAUCUCAAAGGUUCAAAGUCGUGGACCGAAUCUAACAUGGACCGUCUCGGGAAGACUCAAGGAUGUAUGUCCGCGGAAAGAAACUUGACCCAGGUCAACUGUAAAGAACCAGUCACCUAUCCGAAGCUGAAACUCAAGAUAUUGAUUAGGGAUAGACUCAUUAAGGAUGGGAUUAACCUCAGCCAACCGCCCUUCUCUAACAAGGACGGUUCUCUGGGCAGCAUUGAUGACCUGGCACUGGAGUACUCUGAAUACUACAACACUUGCUUCGGCGACGUCUGCGAGAGGAUGGAGGAGCUGCGCAAGCGAAGCGUGUCCCAGGAGCUCGAAACGGGGGGACCCAGCACCACAGUCAUGUCUCAGCAGCUGCGGUCGGAUGCCCAGGAGGCGCUGGGAUUCAGCAGUGCGGUGUCCACACCGGAGACUGAGAGAAAGCCGCCUCUUCAUAAGUCGAGCUCAGAAGAUGGAUCUGGAGGGAGAUGGGAGAGUAAAAAGAAGAACAAGUCGUUUUGGCAGAAUUUCCGGAAACUGCAGAAGGGAUCGACGAGGCCGACAUCGAAAGGAGAAGACAUUGGCUUCCUGGCCAGCGAGAUCACCAUGAGCGAUGAAGAGAGAAUCCAGCUGAUGAUGAUGGUGAAGGAGAGGAUGAUCACUGUGGAGGAGGCUCUGGCACGGCUGAAGGAGUUUGAGACCCAGACCAGACUAUCCAGCAGUUCUGACAAUGUAGUGAGGACUGAUGGAUCCAGUCCCAGUGUAAAGGAAGCCACAAACUUCAGUUCCAGGGAACAGUCAGACGACGAGCUGGACGACUGCGUCAAGUUCAGGCGGCUGCAUAAGCUAGUCAACUCAACCCGUAGGGUGAAGAAGAAACUGAUCAAGGUAGAGGAUGGGAAAAGGUCAACAUCGGAAGAGCGUUCAAGCUUAGAGGCCUUGCCAACAUGCGAAGACAGCGCCGCACUGUACACUGACGUGGUGAAGACUCCCGGCAAGCCGGUGGACUGCUCCUCGCCUGCCCUGGUCCAUGGGCUGUUCUUCGGGGAGGGCGACCCAAAAAUCCCGACAGCCUCCCCCUCCACCGGCAACCCAGAAGCCCGGAGCAAGCGGCCGGGCCCCCUCCUGGUGAGGUCCAGCAGCAGCCAGACCCUUGUCCACCCCGGCAGCGGGAACACAGGAACAGCGGGCGGGGGCGGCGUCCAAGACUCCCCCCUAGCCGAAGAAAAGACCGGGAGGAGGGAGAGUCCCAAAGUCUCCCGCUCCAUGACCGACAGCGAGAUGCACAGGGCUCAUGGACCUCCAGCCCACGGGAGAACCUGCAGUUUUGGAGGAUUUGACCUUUCGAACCGUUCCCUCCACGUGGCCCAGAGUCGAGACUCGAGCAAAGAGAGAGAUUGCAGCCCCCGGGAGGGGGUGAAGUCUCCGGCAACCCCUCGGAUCUCCCUGGGCAAGAAGGUGAAGUCGGUGAAGGAAACCAUGAAGAAACGCAUCUCCAAGAAGCACAGCGGCUCCGUGUCCGAGCAGUUAAGCCCUGAAGGGACGCUUAGCUCACCCCAGUCCCCUGAGCUCAGCGCUAAUGUUACGGAGAAGCCCAAGCUGAAGGCUGGGGGCUCUGUGGAGAGCCUGCGUAGCUCGCUCAGCGGACAGAGCUCCAUGAGUGGCCAGACAGUGAGCACCACCGACUCCACAGCCAGCAACAGGGAGAGUGUGAAGUCCGAGGACGCCGACGAGGAAGAACUUCCCUACAGGGGGCCUUUCUGUGGCCGGGCCCGAGUGCACACAGACUUCACGCCCAGCCCCUAUGACACGGACUCCCUCAAGCUGAAGAGCGGAGACGUCAUCGACAUCAUAAGCAAGCCCCCGAUGGGCACAUGGAUGGGCCUGCUGAACAACAAGGUGGGAUCCUUUAAGUUCAUCUACGUGGACGUGCUGAGUGAGGAGGCGGAGAAGCCUAAGAGACCCAGGAGGGCCAAGAGGAAGGGCCGACCACCCAAGCCCACCUCCGUGGAGGAGCUUCUGCAGCAAGUCAACCUCAAGGAGUAUAUGGCUACUUUCCUGUUCAACGGCUAUGAGGAGCUGGACACCUUUAAGCUGCUGGAGGAGGAGGACCUGAACGAGCUGAACAUACAGGACCCGCAGCACAGAGCGGCUCUGCUGGCGGCCGUGGAGAUACUGCAGGAGGACGAUGGUAACAGUGACUCAGACCGCAUAGGCCGCUCUGGUUCCAAGGAGCAGAUCCUCUCUGAUAAGGAGGACCGGCUGGGCAGCACCCCCCGAGACUCUGGCUGCUACGCCAGCAGCGAGAACCUGGAGACGGGCAAGAGCAGGAAGUUGUCCCGUCUUGGCGGGUCGCCGGCCACGUACAGAUGUGACUGCCCUGCCGUCCCUGCGAUCGAUUCCGUUGAGGCUUGGCUCCAGACCAAGUCAGAACUGCUCCUCGAUAAGCAGGUAUUCAUCAAGGGUUCGGACCAGAGCCCCCCCCGUUUGCAAAGGAGCCCCUACCUGGUGGCAGUUAGCCGCAGCUGUGAAGAUCUGCGCAGGCCCCUCUUUCCUGAAGGAUUGUGGGAACGCUCUCACUCUCUGGGACACCUCCAGCAGGUCCAGGGUUCCAAUAAGAGGGACUUCCAGGCUUUUGUACCCAAGCCUUCUCCGAUUUUCUGUUCGGGGGCGGAGUCUCGUACUGAGCGUGGCUCUAAGCCCCGCCCCUUUGGUCUAAGUUCGGAGAAGUCUUUAGCACCUGGGCGUUAUGCUGUGGAACAUUCCAGUAGCUUCUAUGAGGCUUCAGCACAGCCCAUAACAUCACCCCGUCCUAGAUCGACCUGUACAGCAGAGGUGAUCCUCCGGGCUGCACCCCUACGGACAUACCCUAAAAAGCCACCAGUACCGCCACCAGUUCCUCUCAAAAAGUCCCGGUAUAGAUCAUCCAACGGACCCCGAGAGUCAGGCACGCCCUCUCGAAGUCCCGCCCCACCCCCUCGGCCGACGAAACCUCGCAAGGCAGCCAGUUCUGCUGAAUGCAGCACCAAGGAGGAGGACCCUCAUCCCACUGUGUCUCCGCCGUGGCUUUCCGACCUCCCCCAGACACGAGGGGGCAAGCCACCCUCCGGGAGGAAGAGCUGGCACGCCAGGGCGGUCGACCUGGAGUCACUGUUGGAGGACCGGCUCGCCUUGGAGGGCAUCGACCUUACUGAGGAGCCGUACUCCGACAAGCACGGCCGCUGCGGGAUCCCCCCAGCUCUGGUCCAGAGAUAUUCCGAAGACCUGGACCAGCCUGUGAAAGACAUCGUUUCCGGCAUGGAUCACAUUCGGGUCCAGCAGCUGCGCAAGCAGCAUCGCAUGGCUAUUCCACUGGGCGGCGUGACAGAGCUGGGAAAGAGAGCGCCCUCCGCGGGACAGAUUAGCACGACGACGGACUGGCUCGUGUCCAUCGGCCUCCCCAUGUACGUCCGGAGCUUCACCCAGGCCGGGUUCACCUCGCUGGAGCAGGUCUCCUUGCUGACUGAGCCCCACGUGCUACGGCUGGGCGUGAAAGACGAACGCCACGUGCAGUUGCUCCUCGGGGCGGCCAACCUGCUGCGCACUCAGGGCGCGCAUCCGUGAGCGGCCAGCAGGGGGAGCUCGGGCUGGGUGCGGAUAUUUAGAGGGAUUACUUCAGCACACGUUCCGUUUCUAGAUGCGUGUAAAAUCCCAAAAAGAGCCAGCUGCUCUAAAUGCAGCACCUGUUGCAAACUGCUUUGCUGCUGACUUUCUUCGUCUUGAAGUUGAAAAUGUGGCCAAGCAGACUACCAGCUGGAUGGAAGAAAUCACCUUUCCAGUCACAUUUUCUUAUAAAAGGAAAUGAUAAAAAAGACUAAGCUGUCUUUGCAUUUAAAAAAACGGGUUUUAUAUGUUAACAAUGACUUUUCUAAAGAUAAAUGAACGUGAUGUACGUCUGUAGUCAAAUGCGUCUGUUUUCUUCUCAAGAAGUGAGAUGCAGUAGCUUAACCAAAACGUUUUUGUCUUAAAAAGAGACGAAUGUCUGAAAACCUUCAGAUUUUCACAUAUCAAUAGUGAAUAGUCAAUAUUUUAAUAAUUAAGCCCACUUAAAGAUAUAGUUUUGGGGUAUCGUUUUUAUUAUAUAAUUUCAUCAUUGGAAAAUACACAGUAUUAUAUGCUCAAAAUAAUCUCAUGCAUAUUGAUUCUUUGAUUUUUUUAAUAGAUCAUGUAUUGCAUAUUAAGGGACAUUAUACGCUGUUAAUUAUACUCGGUGAGACGUUAACUCUUCUUUCUACCAAUGAUGAAGCAAAUAGGUUUUAUAAGGCAAUAAUCUUAACCUUUAGAGUAUGUCAGUACAUUAUGAUAAUGUUGAGCUCCAGUUGCUGUCUCCUGGACCUUACAUCCUACAGCGGUUCCAGUUACUUUUGGUAUAUCAAUUUAUACCAGAGUUCUUACGAUGGUUCGUGCUCCAAAGGUUUCAAAUUAAAAUUCUCCCAGGCAUGAUAAUGAAUUUAUUUAAAUUAUAACAAGCUAAAAUUUAUGAAGGCAAGCAUUACUGUGCUAAGAAGGAUCUUCUUUUUUUCAAAUUAAAAAGAAAAAAAAAAAUCGGAUUUCUAAAAGGUGCUGAAUGUUUUUAAUUUCAUCUCAGUUUUCAUAAGCCCUCUCCCAGAAUGCCUUGAGUAAAAUAUGGACACUGCACUGUAAGGAGACACGCCAGUCGGUUGCAGGUUCAGUCUCCUCAUACUGUCCGGUAGUUGGAAGAAAAGUUAUCUAAGGAAGCUUCCCUCGAAAAUAUUUCGUGACAAUAUGCAAUUUGUUUGUUAUAUUUGCUAAAUAAAUAAAUAAAAUAAAAUAAACAACCUGCAAAUACGGCAUGCAUCCAGUUGAAGAAAACGUGAGGAGCUUUCACAACAGUUAAUCUAAAUAUUAUAUAAGAAGUUGAAUGCAGACCAUGUAUUGGCAAUUGUGUUUUCCAGAUGAAACAGAAAUGACCGACUUCGCGUUUAGUGGGUACGUCUGGGCCUGUGGUUUAUGCAAAUCGAUCGACUUCUGACUUUAGUUUUGCAGGCUGUACAUUAGCGAAUGGUCUAGCCACAUGACUGCACAAAACUGAAAACGAGACUGAUUUGAAUAAACAUUUGCACAACGUGUUGCAAUUCAAAGGACUCUCAUAUAGCCUACGUGGAUCGUUUUUAAAAGUCAUUAUUCCACAGUUCAUCUCAUUCCACGUUUUAUUUAAACGCCAAAGAUAUCUAUCAGAAGCACUAAAUCAACAAUGAAGUCACCAUCGUCACCGUGAUUAGUCCGUGAUGAGGUCUACCGUAUAUCCAUCCAUCUUCCAACCGCUUAUGCAGCAGGCCUACAGACUCAGCAGGAACUUGGAGCCGCUCCCAUGAAGGAGGCGACACAAAACAGAGUUGCAGUAUGUCAAGGUGCACAUACAAUGAAACGGCUUUUCUCCGGCUAUUAAGACAUCUGAUGUCUCUAAAUUGUUAAUGAUGUACAAUUAUGAAUGUGUAUGUAUAUACUGGGCCUAUGAUGGACUAGCUGAUCACGUGCACCCCGACCAGGACUACUUACGAAGAAAAAUCAGGUGUUAACUCCCGCAAAUCGAGUAUGUGAAAAAAAACCUAGUUUUAAACAAAAAUGUAAGAAUAUAAUGUUUAUCGUAACAUGUUUUUUAAAUCAUGCAUUUUAACGUUAUUUAAUAUAUAUAUAUACAAAAAUAUUACUGCUGGUCUUCAGUUUUCUGAGAAAAUCGUUCCCUUUAAAAUCAAGCAAUCUGCGACUAUGGUGUAUAUAUGUAAUUGAAUUGUCUCAGAUGUUAUAUCCCGUUGUUUUGUAAUUUGUAAUAAGAACAUAAAUACAAUAAAAAUUAAACAUUUUAUUUAC